AAAAACAAGACAAAAAAAUAAACUAGAUUGAUGAUUGCAAUAUUCCCUACAGUAAAACCCUACUUGUUUGAGUCGAAGUGGAAAUGGAGAGAUAAUUCCCCAAAUGUUGGGCACAGACCCGGAACAAAGUUGCAAUAUGAUCUCCCCGCCUACUUCAGGUUAUUUGUGAGCAGGUAGACGCAGGAGUUCAGAGUCGAACGCCUUUUGUCUGUCGUGAGGAUAACUUUGGAAGCAGCGGUGAAAAAUGGAUCUCUUGUACUCAACAUGCCUUUUGGUGUGCAUUUGUCUCCCAGCGAUUGCAAAUGCAAAAUUGCAAGUGUCGAUUAAGGAACCCUCAGGACCAAUUGUGGAAGGGAGCGAUGUGAUCUUGCAGUGUUUAGAUGAGGGGCAAGACAUGUCUCACGUCAGAUUCCAGAUGUAUCACAAGUGGCUGCGGUCCUGGUUCAAUAUUGAUACCACCACUUCCUUCCGUUGCUGGUACUACAGUUUCAAUGUCAGCAGAGACAACGGGGAAUUACUCCUUCGUGUGAAGCAGAUGUACAAAUGGCACGCAGGUCCAUACCGAUGUGUUUCCAAUGGAACUGACGGCCAGCUCAUUUCCAAGAAUAUAACUGUCCCUCUUCAGUAUCUCAACAGCAUAUCCAUCUCUGAACCCGGGAGUGUCUUUAGCCGUUACAUGAGAGACCCCCGCGUUGUGAGGGUGAUGCGUGGAAAGGAUGUUGAGGUCAAAUGUUGUGCAAGCUCAUCUGAGCCACCAAUGUACCAAUGGAAGAGAAAGGGCAAUGAGUGGAUUUAUCCAAACAGCAGCCUGAAGAUUGUGAAGAUCACUCUUGAACAAGGUGGCGUCUACACCUGCACAGCCACUCACCCUUCACUCCCAAGUCUGACCCAGUCCAAAUCUGUCCUGAUUGAGGUUGUGGAAGAACCAUUGAGCUCACUGCAACUGAGUGACAUGAACCUGAUUCUGGCAAUAGCGAUUCCAGCUGGGGUCCUCUUCCUGGUGAUUAUCGGCAUCAUCACUUACAAAUGCAAAGCGAAGAGGAAUGAAAAGGGGAUGAUGCUCCUGGACAACCAGGUCAGCAAGACCCCUAUCUGGAAGGGGAGUGACUCAUCCAUUCCCUACUGUGUGACCGACUCUGUUCCUCUGGUCAUGUGAAUCACUAACCAGGUAGGAACCCUUUGAGAACGAGCUGGGGUGGUCACAAUGCUGAUCGAGCUGAGGAAUUUGAACAGCUUUCAUCUCUUAGCUACUUUUGCCUCCCAAUCGUGGGAGAUGUGCAAAUCUUACAAAUUGUUAAAUCACAAUUAUUUUUA